AUGGUGUAGUACACCAUUGAAAGUCGUAACUAAAUCCAUUACGAUAUUGAAACGCAACUAAUAAGACCCGAAGGUAUAACCUUUUGUCCAGGUGACGUGUCCUUGAACGAGCGGUGGGCGUCGACCGCAACCAACACCGUCACCACGAACGACAUACCACUCCACGUAGCGAUGGCCAGCGAAUACGUUGCCCAAUUGAGCAGAAACUUGGUCGAAACCAAUGUAGUAUCUCGAAGCAACGAGUGGGGAUCCCGAGUGAUGACGUUCGGGAAGAGUUUCUGCAUGCAACGGUAGUUGUCUGGCGAGUCCACCACCAAAUACAUGUCGUCUUCAGGGCGAUACAGAUUACCCCUGGGAACUACACCCAUCCACGGCGGAAGUUGUUUCACAGGCGCCACGUACUUGCACAUAUCACAUGCAGCUUCGAGCUCGAGGGCCAAUUGUUUGGCUGGACCAAGGGACUCCACGCGAGCGGUGACGUUGGAGCACAAGUCCAUGAACCGGCCCGAGGAUUUUGGGAACAUCGUCACAGCUGCAGACACAGUUGCGUUGACGCCAGACCACGUAGCGUUGGACCCGGACGAGUUGACCUCCCAGUCGACACUGGGCAUGGACGGCAUCAAAAACGUUUGCACGGCAUAUCUAUCUUCCACGGGGUCUGUCAUUUCCAUUGAAUGACAUGUGUAUCCAAGUGCAAGGGGACACACGAGCUUGGCGAACGACUUGGCGUAGUCGACCCGCGACGAAAGGAAGAACUUGCUGAUGUAGUUGCUGCUGCUGUUGCUGGACCACGACGUCGCUUGAACGUGCAUGACGAGGCCCAAUACACCACUCACAAGAAACAGCAGACACAACAACACGAGUGCUCUGGUGUAGAGCAGCAGUAAAUUGGCCUUUGUUUGGCGCAGGGCCACAUAGGCACCGGAGAGUCCGCAUAGGAUGGUCGCGAAGCCAGCCCCGACGAUGAAAGUAGCGGAAGCAGGAAGGAUAGUUCCUGUCGACAAACCUUGAUACUUGGAGCUCAGCGCGUCAGCUCCCAUGUAAACAAAGACCCCGCCAAGGUACACAAAGCCUGCAUGCGCCAAGAGCAGAAUGCGUGUGGGGUUCACUGCCAUCUUGGUUAGUGCG